UAUGAGUUCUAAAUUGUUGCUUUUGCCACCAAGGUGUCAGAUGACUUGCAGUCAUGUUUACUGUAUAGAGAUAGCAUCCUCACCUCCCCCUGUUUCCAUGCUUAUCAAGAGCAGCACUGAAGAACUGGAGCUGGGCACUCACUUCCUCAGUUAUUUUGUAAGUUGACAAGAGGUAGACGGACACCUUCUGAAGUUUUACACAUGCUGUGUUUUCUCUCAUUGCUGCAUCAAGAAAAGUCAUUCCUUUUAACCUGGAUCCCUUUGAAGAAGUGACUCAGACACCUUCAUGGCCUAUCAAGAUGGUCAGAAUCAGAAAAGCAGAGGUCUUCCUGGUUUUCUCCCCGGCUAUCCUGACCCUGAUCAAAGUCAUCCCACUGUGCCUUCGAAUUCAAGGAAGCAAGUAUCACUACAGUCUCUCCCACCACCAGGAAAUCUCCCUCCUGGUCUAGAAUACUUGAGCCAGUUAGACCUGAUCAUUAUACACCAGCAGGUGGAGCUGCUUGAAAUGAUACUUGGCACUGAAACUUCCAACAAAUAUGAGAUUAAAAACUGCUUGGGACAAAGAGUGUACUUUGCAGUGGAGGAAAGCAUCUGCUUUAACCGUAAUUUCUGUUCACCAUUAAGAUCCUGUACCCUGAGGGUCACUGAUAACACUGGUCGAGAGGUGAUUACAGUGCACAGACCCUUGAGAUGUACCAGCUGCUGGUGUCCUUGCUACCUACAAGAGUUAGAAAUUCAAGCCCCUCCUGGCACAAUAGUUGGUUAUGUUGUACAGAAAUGGGAUCCUUUCCUUCCAAAGUUCACGAUUCAAAAUGAAAACAAAGAAGAUAUUUUGAAAAUUGUGGGUCCCUAUGCAACAUGUGGUUGUUUUGGAGAUGUUGACUUUGAGGUGAAAACCAUUAAUGAGAAGAUAACAAUUGGGAAGAUUUCAAAAUAUUGGUCAGGAUUUGUAAAUGAUGUCUUCACAAAUGCUGACAACUUUGGGAUACAUGUUCCUGCAGAUCUAGAUGUGAAAAUCAAAGCAGCCAUGAUUGGAGCCUGUUUUCUCUUUGACUUUAUGUUCUUUGAACAUUCACUGGCUGGACUAUAACAAGCAAGAUGAUAGAAACAAUAAAAUAUGCAGGCCAUUUUUCAAAAUCCCUUGGGCUCAGGAUUUAUUUCUGAAAUGCCUGGAUAUCAGCUUUCUUUCUUUUUUUAAAGAAAAUAUUAAUGAUAGUAUUUAUUAAAAUAUAACUUAACAAAGUCA